GGCUGAAGGGAGGGAAGCGGUGCCGGAGGAGGAUCUGUCCGCCGUGCUGCGGGAGCUGUCUGUCCCCGGAGCUGACCGCGGCACUGACCGUGGAGCCGACGCGAGAAGCCUCCCGCGGACCGGGGUAGGGCUGCUGCCGGGGAAGGGGGCGCGGGGGAAGCGGUGGUACCCGAACUGCGGUCGGAUAGUGCCCGAGUCCUGGCAGCUCUUUUCCCUGAUGCUGAGAGACGGGAUUGAGGCGAAGAGAAAACUUGCAACGGAAACAGUGACGAGUAGUUUUGUCAAACCUUCUUCUAAAAAAAGCAGGUGUAUUUUAACAGCUAAUAUUAAACUGAUGGGAAAGGACUACACCAGUCAAAGGGAUAUGAACAAGCAGGUUGUGAACAGUCCUGAAACCGUUGCUCCUGGACCCAGUGAAGGUGCGGGAGUUGUAAGAAUCAGCCCCGAAAAUGAACCGCAGAACGCACCAUCGCAAGCCCCUGCUGUGGUUGCCAGGCUUCCCCGGUCGCUCUCUAACGACAACAAACCACUUCCUUCCGAAGAAGCUAAACCGAAUGAUUUUGAGAGGACCAAAGUCGGGAUCUGCAAGCUCAGCAGCACCCCGGUGCAAGCCAACUCCAUCCUCCGGCGGGAAUCUGUGGAAACCUUUUCCUGCAAGCACUCCCCUGGGGCAGGGACAGCCGGGCAAGCUGCUAUCCCUCACUGCAAAAUUCCUGCUUUGCAAAGCACAGACGGGGACGCUAAUCUAAGCCUUGGUAAAAGCACGCUGGAGCGAAACAACGCCAAAGGCGCCUGGGUGACCUUGAGCCAGAGUACCGUGGUACUGGGCACAGAUGGCAACACUUCUGUUCUUCCUGGAAGAGUGGAGGGGGAAGACGAUGUAGGGGAUGAAAAUAAAGCCCGAGGGAACUGGUCUAGCAAGUUGGAUUUCAUCCUCUCCAUGGUGGGUUAUGCAGUGGGGCUGGGCAAUGUCUGGAGGUUCCCGUACCUGGCCUUUAAGAAUGGGGGAGGUGCGUUUCUCAUCCCCUAUUUGAUGAUGUUGGCUCUAGCCGGGAUCCCCAUUUUCUUCCUGGAAGUCUCCCUGGGGCAGUUUGCUAGUCAGGGGCCUGUGUCGGUCUGGAAAGCCAUCCCCGCCUUGCAAGGCUGUGGCAUCGCAAUGCUGAUCAUUUCCGUUCUAAUAGCCAUAUAUUACAAUAUAAUUCUGUGCUACACACUUUUCUACCUUUUUGCGUCCUUUGUACCUGUGCUACCUUGGGCUUCCUGUAACAACCCGUGGAACACGCCAGACUGUAAAGAUAAAAACAAACUUUUGUUAG